AUGCCUUCGUCAAAACGAGAUCAGGUAGACUACCUCAUCAACCUACUAGGUCGAAAACGUAACAUCAUUGAACAAGAAGUAGUGGAAGAGGAGGAAGCAUCACAUCAACUGCAUCCCACAAGCAGCAGCAACAACAACAACAACAACAACAACGACGACUCAAAUUCGGACUUUGAGGAUAUUGUAUAUACGCAUUUGACAAGAAACGAAAUGGUUGAACAAUUGCAAAGCAAGACAUUGGCUGGUGAUUGGGUCAUGACUGUGCCACCAAUCGAGCUUCUAUACCAGUCAAGUACAACAGAACAGCAAGACGAAUGUUUUAAUGAUGUACUUGAGACUUAUUUGGAGACUCCUGAAUUAAAGUUUUAUAAAGAUGCACAUUUGAAUUAUGUGAUGAAGUGCCUCACUGCGAAGUUGCCCAGUGGUUAUAAAUCACUCGAUGCAAACCAUCCUUGGAUGAUGUAUUGGUUAUUGAAUUCCUUUUUGGUCAUUCGUGCUAAUAAUGAGGAGGAAGAAGAGGGAGAAGAGGAAGGAGAAGAGUCAUUUUUGACGGAGAAUAUUUUCAACUUGAUCAAUGAAAAGAUUGAGUCAUGUAUAGUUGAUGAUGGAAGAGGUGGAAUUGCCGGUGGUGCCAACCAAAUGGGUCAUUUGGCUUCAACAUAUGCUGCAGUUUUGACUCUACUAUUGACUAAGAAUACAGCUACAUUAUUGAGAAUAAAGGACAAUUUGUACACAUGGAUCAUGAGUUUGAAAAAAGAGUUGAGUAAUGGCUCAUCAUUUCUCAUGCAUGAAUUUGGCGAAUAUGACACAAGAUCAACAUAUUGUGCUCUUGUUAUUUCAUCAUUGUUGAAUGUUACAACCCCUCAGUUGAUUGAGGGUGUUCAAGACUGGAUUGUGUCUUGCCAAACAUACGAAGGAGGAUUUGCAGGAGUUCCCCACACUGAGGCCCAUGGAGGCUACACUUUUUGCGCAUUUGCAUCAUUGUUUUUGCUAAACAAAGAACCACAAGCUGUUAUUGAGCAAAUCAAAUUUGACAAGUUUGUCAGAUGGUGCCUUGAAAGACAGACAUAUGAAGGUGGAUUUUCUGGAAGAACCAAUAAACUAGUUGAUGCAUGUUAUGGGUUUUGGAUUGGUGCAUUGAUUCCCAUGGUUGAUGUUUUACGAAAAUCGCAUACAAUUGACAAGGUUGCAUUAAAGAAUUAUAUGUUGCGAGUAGCUCAAGUUGAAUCAGGUGGGUUUCGUGAUAAACCGGGAAAACUGGUUGAUUUUUAUCAUACAAAUUAUGCUCUAUGUGGACUUAGCUGCUGUGAACAUAAGUAUGAGUUACACGAGACCAAUAAGGACACAUGUCUAGCUUUCAAGAUUGUCGUGAAGAGUUCGGACAACUCAACUUUUACGCAAGCAAUAAAUCCAGUCUUUGGAGUUCCCAUAUCAUUUUGCAAAACACCUGUUGAAUAA